AUGGCGGCGGCAGUUGGGGAGGAGGAGUUCGACGUGAUCGUGGUGGGCGCGGGCAUCAUGGGCAGCUGCUCCGCCUACGAGGCGGCGAAGCGCGGGCGGCGCGUUCUGCUGCUCGAACAGUUCGACUUGCUGCACCACCGUGGAUCCUCCCACGGGGAGUCCCGCACCAUCCGAGCCACCUACCCGGAACCCUACUACCUGCCCAUGGUCCUCGAGUCCUUCAACCUCUGGCAACAGGCCGAGGCCGAGGCCGGCUACUCCGUCCUCUCCCCUGCCGCCUCCCAGCUCGACUUCGGCCCUGCCGGAGACAGCAGCCUCCGCCUCGCCGUCGACAACUGCCAAGCUGCCGCCAUCCCCGUCCGCGUCCUCCGUGACCCCGCCGAGGUCUCAGCCCUCUUCUCCGGCGCCUUCUCCCUCCCCUCCGGCUGGAUCGCCGUCCUCACCGACAUCGCCGGCGUCAUCAAGCCCACCAAGGCUGUCUCCAUGUUCCAGUCCCUCGCCGCCCGCCGCGGUGCCGUCCUCAGAGACCGGGCCCAAGUCUCCGACAUCCGCCGCAAAACUCCGGCGACCCACCACGGCGGCGGCGGCGGCGCCCUCAUCAGGGUGUCCACCGCCGACGGGCGGAGCUUCCUGGGGAGAAAGUGCGUGGUCACCGCCGGCGCUUGGAUGAAGAAACUGGUGCAAGCCGUCGCCGGCAGGGUGCUCCCCAUCAGUCCCCUCCACACGACCAUCUGCUACUGGAAGAUCAGAGAGGGCCACGAGAAGGACUUCUCCCAGGAGGGAGGGUUCCCCACCUUCGCGAGCUAUGGUGACCCGUACAUCUACGGGACGCCGUCGAUGGAGUUCCCGGGGUUGGUGAAGAUCGCCCUCCAUGGCGGGUACGCCUGCGACCCGGACGAGAGGAACUGGGUGACGGAGGUGGGGCUGCUGGAGAAGACAGUGGUCCCAUGGAUUAAGGAGCUGCUGCCGGGGAAGAUCGAGGGGGACAAGCCGGUGAUGACGCAGUCCUGCAUGUACUCCAUGACGCCGGACGGCGACUUUGUGAUCGACUUCCUCGGCGGGGAGCUCGGAGAGGACGUCGUCAUCGCCGGCGGCUUCUCAGGGCACGGAUUCAAGAUGGGCCCCCUGGUGGGGAGGAUCCUCGUUGACCUGGCGCUGGACGGAGCGGCGGCAGGAGUUGACCUCCGCCAUUUCCGGCUCGACAGGUUUGAUGUCAACCCCAGAGGGAAUCCCAAGGAGUUCGACGAUCAGGUCGGUUCUCAUGCCCCCCCGGGCCAGUAA